GAUUCUGAGAAGCGAACCCCACUUCAUGUGGCUGCGUUUCUGGGAGAUGCAGAGAUAAUUGAACUCCUGAUUCUGUCAGGAGCUCGUGUGAAUGCCAAGGACAACAUGUGGCUGACCCCGCUGCACCGGGCUGUCGCCUCCAGGAGUGAGGAAGCAGUACAGGUAUUGAUUAAGCACUCAGCUGAUGUCAACGCAAGGGACAAGAACUGGCAGACCCCGCUCCACGUGGCGGCGGCCAACAAGGCUGUUAAGUGCGCAGAAGUCAUCAUUCCGCUGCUCAGCAGCGUCAACGUCUCCGACCGAGGGGGACGCACAGCCUUGCACCACGCUGCUCUGAAUGGCCAUGUGGAGAUGGUCAAUUUGCUGUUGGCUAAAGGGGCAAACAUCAAUGCAUUUGACAAGAAGGAUCGCCGCGCUCUGCACUGGGCCGCUUAUAUGGGCCACCUGGACGUCGUGGCAUUGCUGGUUAACCAUGGUGCAGAAGUCACGUGUAAGGACAAGAAGGGCUAUACGCCCCUGCACGCCGCUGCCUCCAACGGGCAGAUCAAUGUUGUCAAGCAUCUUCUGAAUCUGGGGGUGGAGAUCGAUGAAAUCAAUGUGUAUGGAAACACAGCCCUCCACCUGGCCUGCUACAACGGGCAGGAUGCUGUAGUCAACGAGCUGACGGACUACGGUGCUAACGUGAACCAGCCCAACAACGGCGGCUUCACCCCGCUGCACUUUGCUGCUGCCUCCACGCACGGUGCUCUGUGUCUUGAACUGUUAGUAAACAACGGGGCGGAUGUUAACAUCCAGAGUAAAGAUGGUAAAAGUCCGCUUCACAUGACAGCCGUCCACGGAAGGUUCACACGGUCGCAGACCCUCAUUCAGAAUGGAGGUGAAAUUGACUGUGUGGAUAAGGAUGGUAACACUCCUCUUCACGUAGCUGCAAGAUACGGCCAUGAGCUUUUGAUUAACACCUUAAUAACCAGCGGAGCUGACGCAGCCAAGUGUGGAAUCCAUAGCAUGUUCCCCUUACAUUUAGCUGCCCUCAAUGCUCACUCUGACUGCUGCAGAAAGUUACUGUCCUCGGGACAAAAGUAUAGCAUAGUAUCCUUGUUUAGUAAUGAGCACGUGCUGUCUGCAGGCUUUGAAAUAGACACCCCAGAUAAAUUUGGAAGAACGUGCCUUCAUGCUGCUGCUGCAGGAGGUAAUGUGGAAUGUAUAAAACUCUUGCAAAGCAGUGGAGCAGAUUUCCAUAAAAAGGACAAGUGUGGGAGGACUCCUCUGCACUAUGCAGCUGCAAAUUGUCAUUUCCACUGUAUUGAGACAUUAGUGACCACAGGGGCCAGUGUGAAUGAAACGGAUGACUGGGGCCGCACCGCUUUGCACUAUGCUGCUGCAUCAGACGUGGAUAGAAA